UUUGGGACACGUUGCUGUUGCGGGGUACUCUAAUGCAAAUUUGUCGAGCAAAUGCGAAGGAAAUAAUUUUCAACAAUUUGUAGUGAAAAUUUUAGAGCUGUAGUUAAAAAUGGGAAAUGAAACAUCUUUGCCCAUGGAAAUGUGCUCCAAUUUUGACGCGGAUGAAAUUCGUCGUCUUGGAAAGCGCUUCCGAAAGCUAGAUCUUGAUAAUUCUGGUGCGUUAAGCGUUGACGAAUUUAUGUCACUACCAGAGUUACAGCAGAAUCCUCUCGUUCAGCGUGUCAUUGAUAUUUUCGAUGCCGAUGGGAAUGGCGAGGUGGAUUUCAAAGAAUUCAUCCAAGGUGUGUCACAGUUCAGCGUAAAAGGUGACAAAUUGUCCAAACUUCGUUUUGCAUUUCGAAUAUAUGAUAUGGACAAUGAUGGUUAUAUAUCCAAUGGGGAACUAUUUCAA